AUGGGAGACUACAAGGCAGCGAGCGCGACGGGCCCGAGCGUUGUUAUCGUCGGUGCGGGAGCUGGCGGCGUAGCCCUCGCCGCGCGUCUGGCCGCUGCAGGCUGCAAAGUGACGGUUGUAGAAAAGAAUGAGUUUUCCGGUGGACGCUGCAGUUUGAUUCACCGUCGAGGAUAUAGAUUCGACCAAGGCCCGAGCUUAUUACUUCUGCCUCGCUUUUUCCACGAGACGUUUGAGGAUCUGGGGACUUCGCUUGAGGGAGAAGGGGUCAAGCUGGUCAAAUGCGAUCCUAACUACAAGGUGCAUUUUCAUGAUGAUACGGCGUUUACGCUGUCGACGGAUAUUUCCGUCAUGAAAGAGGAGAUUGAGCGGUUUGAAGGCACGGCGGGGUUUGAGCGCUAUCUAUCGUUUCUGCAGGAGAGCCAUCGCCACUACGAGGUUUCAGUUAUUUAUGUGUUGCGGAGAAACUUUUACUCGCUGCUGAGUAUGGCGCGCUUGGACUUUUUGCUGCAUCUGAUUGAACUGCAUCCGUUUGAGAGUAUUUGGUACCGGGCGAGCAAGUACUUUUGGACCGAGAGGCUGAGGAGAGUGUUUACGUUUGCGAGUAUGUAUAUGGGUAUGAGUCCAUUUGAUGCACCCGGAACGUACAGUUUGUUGCAAUACACCGAGCUAGCAGAGGGUAUCUGGUAUCCAAUUGGUGGUUUCCACAAGGUGAUUGAGAAACUUGUGGAUGUAGGCCAACGCCUAGGCGUCGAAUACAUGUUCGACAGUCCCAUCAGCAAGAUUACACUAUCAGAAGACGGAAAACGCGCAACAGGCAUCGAAUUCGAAGACAAAAGCAAAGCACCCCUAACCGCAGACAUAGUCGUCUGCAACGCCGACCUAACCUACGCAUACAACAACCUCCUCCCCGCAUCCUCCAUGUCGCGCUCUCUCCUCAAACGCGAAGCCUCGUGCUCCAGCAUAUCCUUCUACUGGGCACUAGACCGCCAAUUCCCCGAACUCAGCGCGCACAACAUCUUCCUCGCCGAGGAAUAUCGCGACACCGCGCCCCCCGGCUGCGACUCCAUCGUCGUCCUCGUCCCUGUCGGCCACCUGCAGGACUCGAGCACAAACGCGCACAAAGGCUCCAAGCACACCGCGGGGCUAACACAAGACUGGGACUCAAUGGUCGCCUCGGCCCGCGACACCAUCCUCCGCACCAUGGAAGCCCGGCUCAAAAUCAACCUCGCACCCCACAUCGUCGACGAAGUCAUCAACACGCCGCCCACCUGGAAAUCCCGCUUCAACCUCGACCGCGGCGCCAUCCUCGGCCUCAGCCACUCCUUCUUCAACGUCCUCAGUUUCCGCCCCAAAACAAAACACGCUUCCAUCGACAACCUCUACUUCGUCGGCGCCAGCACCCAUCCCGGCACCGGUGUCCCCAUUGUCCUUGCAGGCGCUAAAAUCGUAACUGAACAGAUUCUAACCGCCUUGGGCCAGCAACAUAGGAUUCCCUGGGCCAAGGCCAAGACUGAUCGUAGGGUCGGGUCGAAUAGUCCGCUGGAUCGCGUGCAGCAUGGCCCGUAUUUGAGUUGGUUGGUCUGGAUCUUGAUUAGUGUUUUUAUGACGGUUGUAGCCAUGGGUGGGCUGGGGACGGUGAGGUAUCAGAGUGGGGAGGCGGGGUUGAAGGGGGAUUGGUAA